AUGGAUAUAAUCAGGGUUUUAGCGGAAGCAGGAGCAAUUCCUACGGUGGGCCGUUAUCUUUUGACACAUGUCGAUUUAGAGAGAAGCAUCAGCAUUGGUGGCGGCGACGAGGCUUUAGUUUUAGGCGUGGCUGCUGCCUGUGGCAUCGAAGAUAUUGUCAAAAAGGUCUUGCAGGCAGGCUUCGAUCCGGAUUUUACAAACGACCCAUUCAUCCCUGGCGGUCGUCUAAUUCCCAACAGCACGGCACUUUUGGGAGCGGUUCAAUAUGAGCAGAUUGGAGUCGCUAAGUUUCUUCUGGACCACGGUGCUAAUCCGGAUACGCUCAUCACCGUUGAUGACCGCGUAGGUGGAAAAUCCUUCAUCUGUGACAACUCCCUGAUGUUCGCCUGCGUGGCUGGAAAGUUUGAGCUAGCCAAGCUACUACUUGACUAUGGCGUUAAAUUGGCGGCGGAACCUUCAGAAAAGCGAGAGAGGCGAAGCUUGAUAACCGAGGCGAUUCGAGGAGGGGUAGCCAUGCUCGAGUUCCUACGUCCGCACGGCAUUGCCCCAGGUCCCGGUAAUGCCGAGUCUCAAAGUGAAUUGAGAAGAGCUAUUGCCCAGGGUAAUUUGGAACUUACGGAAUAUCUUCUCAAUCAAGGAUUAGAAGCAAAUCCCCGGGAAUUGGAGGGCAAGGGAUCGGAGCUCCCUUUAUGGAGGGGGCUUUGUUGGAGAAGGAGACAUCCUGUACCAGAACGACGAAAAAGUAACUCAAGAGUUCAUCCAGCGGCUAUGCUUUUAGCUGAGUCUAUUUAA